GAAGUAGGAGAGGAGGGAAUAUCCCGGCACCAGGUUUCUUGUUCUCCGCCUCUGCUGAGCAAGAAGGAAGCUGUCUACUGAGCUGCGUCAGUGGUUUCCGCUGAGAGGAGAGCAGGGUCUCUAUCAGCAGCCGCACCAUGAAUGAAGUGACCUAUGAUGAUGUGCAUAUCAACUUCACUUCCAAGGAAUGGGCUUUGCUGGAUUCUUCCCAGAAGAGUCUCUACAAAGAUGUGAUGCUGGAGAUUUAUAGUCACCUUACUGAUAUAGGCUACAAAUGGGAAGCCCAUGACAGUGAAGACCAUGGUCAACGAUUUAGAAGACAGAGAAGGCCUAAAAGAAGUCAUACUGAAGAGAAACGCUACAAAUGUACUCAAUGUGGUAAAGCCUUUUCAUAUCGGCAGCGUCUCCUCAUUCACAAAAGAACCCAUACUGGAGAAAAACCCUAUGAAUGCAAUCAAUGUGGGAAAACCUUUUCACAACGGAGUCAUCUCAACACUCAUAAAAAAAUUCAUAGUGGAGUGAAACCUUUUCAGUGUAAUCAAUGUGAGAAAGCUUUUACACAUCGAGGUUAUCUUAAAAAACAUGAAAGAACUCAUACUGGAGUGAAACCCUAUGUAUGUAACCAAUGUGGUAAAUCCUUUUCAAAACCUUGUAGUCUCCAAAUACAUACAAGGAAUCAUACAGGAGAGAAACCCUAUAAAUGUAAUCAUUGUGAGAAAGCUUUUGCAGAUUAUACUUGUCUGAAAAUACAUAAAAGAAUUCAUACUGGAGAGAAACCCUAUGAAUGCAAUCAAUGUGGUAAGGCCUUUUCACAACAGAGUCAUCUCACCAUUCAUAAAAGAAGCCAUACUGGAGAAAAACCUUAUGAAUGUAAGCAAUGUGGUAAAGCUUUUUCAAAUUGCAGUACACUUAAAAUACAUGAAAGAAUUCAUACUGGAGAGAAACCCUAUGAAUGUAAGCAAUGUGGAAGACUGUUUUCACAUGACACUGCUUUCCGGGUACAUAAAAGAACUCAUACUGGUGAGAAACCCUAUGAAUGUACUGAAUGUGGGAAAGCCUUUCGAAAACACAAUGGUCUCCAAAUGCAUAAGAGAACUCACACACAAGAGAAACCUUAUGAAUGUAAGCAAUGUGGUAAUGCUUUUUCAAAUUGCAGUACUCUUAAAAUACAUGAAAGAAUUCAUACUAGAGAGAAACCCUAUGAAUGUAAUCAAUGUGGGAAAGUGUUUGCACACGAUGCUGGUCUCCGGAUGCAUAAAAGAACUCAUACUAAUUAGAAACCCUAUGAAAGUAACCAAUGAGGGAAAGCUUCAAAUUGCAGUGCUCUUUAAUUACAUGCAAGAAUUCAUACUAGAGAGAAACCCUAUGAAAAUGGAAAAGCAUUUUCAAUAUAUAGUGCUGUCCCAAUGCCUAAGAGAACUCAUAAAAGAGGGAACGCCUAUGAAUGUAAGCAAUGUGGGAAAACCUUUCAACAAUACAGUCAGCUCCAGAUUCAUAAAAGAACUCAUACUAGGGGAAGACGUCCAUGGUGCUUCUGAUGCCAUACACUCCAGCGAGACGCAAGCCACCUACCUAUGUCCUGAAGAUAUGAGCUGACACAAAGACAUCAUGGCUCAUCUAAUCCUACAUUGUUCAGGCAGGCUCAAGCCAUGCCCUCUCCAAGCUGGGUGCUCAGAUCCUGGCAUGGCAGGAAGACAUCUGUGGGCCGAUUGGAAUUCAGUCUGCUCAGGCAUGUCUAGUGCAAAGGCCAUGAUGUGAAGCAAGUUUUCUUGGGGAAUCCAGUGUAUUAGAGAUUCGAGAGUCGUGGUAUACCCGCUGAGGAGGGCUGCUGACUGGGAGUGGAACCAGUCCAAUAGAAAGAAGUGUGUUGCCACCAACAAUGCUGAACAGAGUUGGAGAUGGUGUUCUGAUGCAGAAUUUCGAGUAUGACCACCCAGUUUUUUAUCUUUUUUUGGUCCUUUAUUUUCUCGCUAUUCUCCCUUACCUAAACUUUGGAAUGGUAAAGUAUGUUGUAAGCCAUUAUAUGUUGGAAGUAUGCAGUCUGCUUUUUGAUCUUGAUGUUACAGGGGAUUACAGUUAAUAGAUUACAUGAUCUCAAAAGAGAAGUUGAACUUUGGACUUCCAACAUUGAUGAGGCUGUGAUAAACUAUGGAAACUUUUGAAGUUAAACUGAAUAUAUUUUGCACUCUGAUAUUGUUGAAACGUUUAUGUUGAAACGUCUGUCCCCUGAAGCCGGGAUGGCCAUGUGGAUUCCUGGCAUCGACCUCUGGGGCCAGGUAGCUCCACUGUGGGACAUGGUGACAUAAUCGACCCAGAUUGCUGCUGAUGACCAUGUCUGGCUUCAUGGUCCUUCCACAUCCUAGGCCUGUGUUGAAGUCUGUGGCCCAUUUUGCCAUCAAUGGCGAGGUUGAUGUGCAGGGUCAGGUCAGCCUCC